CGUGAAAUAUUGUACAUAGAGUCUGGCCAACGAAAGCUGACCACGAAUUAAUUUCUAAAGUUUUGAUAUGGCAAUAUUUUAGAACUGUCAAAAUUGUCCCAUUGACGUUUCUUAAUAAAGUCGGUUUGUUAUUUUAUUUCAUCCUAUUUUCAUUGGUUUUGUGUAAAAUAAUGCCGAAAACAAUCAAAAGUUCGACGAGAAAGCUUCUAUUUACUAUGAUUGACAAAUAUAAAGACCUACAAAGUGAUUUGAAUCAGAAAUUUGCAGAGAAAAUACGACGACUGGAUUCAAUCAUUUCACUUUUAGAUAAUAUUAACGGGGACAACGGCAACGAGGAAACAAAACUUACAAUUGCGGAAACAGUAAAGAAAUUGAAAACUCUCGAAAAUAAUGAAAUGUUUGCAAGUGAAACACAGUACUUAGAAAAAAUAUCUUCAAUGACAGGUUCACUACAUUAAUUAAAAAAUUAUAGAUUUAUCAGUCAACUUAUAAGAUCUAUGCUUUGAGAAAAAAAUGUCUUAAACCAAAUGUUUUUUUUUUGUUUUUUAUAUAUUAUUGGUCUUAUGGGUAUUAUGGUAUUAUUAUACUCUUACACAAUUUUUGUACUUGUUCUUUUCAGAUAUAAGUGUGAAGACCUUAAGAAGAAUUAAAAUUGAAGGGUCUAAAAAUCAAGGACAGUGGGAUACUCCAGGAAAAAAACGUCCACAUUCAGCAACAGUUUCUAAUUUGGAUAAUUUUGACAUUUCUGCUAUAAGAAACAAAAUAAACUCAUUUUAUGCAGUAAAAAAACAAGUCCCAACACUGAGAAGCCUGCACAAUGAACUGAAGGAAGCAAUUGGAUUUAUGGGAUGUCGUGAAACCCUUAGAAAUGUUUUACAUAAGAACGGAUUUGACUUCCAAAACAAUAAAAAUGAACGGGCUUUACUCACAGAAAAAUAUGAAAUUGCAGCAUGGAGACACAGAUUCUUGAGAACAAUACAUCAAAAGAGACUAGAAGGUAAACAGAUUAUUUACCUUGAUGAGACAUAUGUACAUCAGAACUAUAAAGUCAAAAAAUCGUGGCAAGGACCUUCAACAAGUGGUGUCACAACAAAAAUUUCAUCGGGUAAAAGGCAUAUCAUUGUGCAUGCGGGAUCGGAGGAAGGAUUCGUGCCAGGCGCAUUAUUGGUAUUUAGUACAAAAUCCAAAUCAGCUGACUACCAUGAUGAUAUGAAUUCUACCAACUUCAUGAAAUGGUUUGAAGAAAUGUUGCUACCAAAUCUCACAAAACCCAGCGUACUUGUGAUGGACAAUGCAAGUUAUCAUGUAAAACAAGUGAACAAACCCCCUACUAUGUCUGAUUCUAAAUCUAAUCUCCGUAUAUGGCUUCAAGAGAAUAAUAUUCAUUUUGAAGAAUAUCAUACGAAAUCAGAACUAAUGUGUCUAGUGAAAGAUAAUAAACCUGCAGUUAUUUACGAAGCAGAAGAAGCCCUAAAAAAAUACAGUCAUAUCUUGAAUCACGAAAUUUUGUUGCUGCCACCGUAUCAUUGCGACCUCAACGCCAUUGAGCUUGUAUGGAGUGAGGCAAAGAGAAAAGUGGCAAGUAGAAAUAUAGGUAUACCAGGGUCGGAAAUGCAAAAUUUAAUAAAAGAAUGUUUUGCAUCAAUAACGGCCAAUGACUGGAAGAAGUACACCGAUCAUGUACUUCAUGUUGAAGAGCAAUACAAAUUAAGGGAUCGUCUUAUUGAUACCGAACUUGAACCCUUCAUAAUAAAUGUUGGAGGCACUAGCAGUAGCAGUGAAGCCAAUUCUAUAAUAUCAGGUGUAGAGUACUUGGAAUCCGAUUUCAAUUAUGACUCCUAACUCCUUCAUUGUGUUGAUAUAGUUGUAUCGGUGCUAUCUAUUCCAUCGAAUAAACGUUUUGUAAUAA